AAAAGAGACAUGUGUAGUAUAUAAACGCGAACAGCUCCAGAGGAGACAGGAAAUUUUCUUCUCUUUUUCCACUGCCAGGAGCUGGUCUUCGUGUACACUAAGCUGGCCUUUCAGCUCAACGUUUCUGAAGCACACAUUAAAACAUCAUCAGACGACAUAAUGAAGUGUUCCUCUGCCGCUUCCGCGUUGAUUUUGGCUUCCCUCUCUAUUUCUGCUUUCGAGACAUACGCGGCUCCUGUGUCUAUCUUGGACCAAAAUAUACCGAGCGUUCCUAGUACACCAAGUACACCGAACCCAGUACCAUUCCCUCCAUUCUUGCCACGGGAAGAACAUACUAAUAGCGCUCACACGCUCGCCGUAGACACUUCUACACCGUUGGCUCUAGAAAUUCAUCACUUCCCGAACAGAGAGAGGUAUCCUCGUGCCGACGACGCCGACUCGGGGGAUGUGGAGGUUGACAAGCCUCCCAGAUCUUCCAGAAAAUCUUCGAAAAAAACUACAGAAGGUCCACCCGAGGAUCCCGCUAAAUUCGUCGUCACCGAUCCUCAGGCCAAAAAAUCUUCCAGGAAAUCUUCGAAGGAUGCUAAUGAGAGGAAAUCGACCAAUACGCACAGGCACAAGAAAACGCACAAGAGUGAUCCUCCCGUUGAUGCAGAAACUAUUAAAUCUCCCAUCGAAAAUUCCUUGGAUAUCCAAUCGCAGCUUUCCUCUCCGGCUCCGGUAAUUCGAAAACGACCAAAAAAAUCAAAGCCUUCGGCUCAGAACGUCGACGAGUCUCUCACCACUAACGAAUCUUUCGAAAAAUCAUCUACAAAGCCAUCCUCUUUGACACUGUCAGCGACGAGUCAGAGGACACACAGAAAACCAAAACCAAAACCGAUUCCACCAAAGCCAAAAAAGCCAAAUUCAGAUGGCUAUUUUUACGCUCAGAAUACGACGGCAGCAUUCAAUAGCGCUUCAUCGUCCAGCGCGACUAAUGCCAAUGCGUUCGCCGUUAACGAUGGGAACAUCGGAGGGGGUAACGUGCCGGGCAUUGUAAAACCUCCUGGUAUGUGACGUGCUGAGUUUUGAGAGCUGCUUCUAGUCAAGACAGACGAUAUUAGAGGGGGUAAAAGACACGACAAGUCAAGGUUUGUUCGUUAAUUGGUGGAGGCGGAAUGAAGGAAGAGGAGUGGGAGGGUCGGAUAUCUGAGAGCUUAAUAUUCAUCUGAAAGCGUGUUUAGGUAGUACUAGUGCGGAACUGACUUUGUGACGAAUCUAAGUUUGUCAGACCGAUCAGGGUUAGGGGUACAGAGAAACACGUGAAAAUCCAUAUGAUUUCGCCCCAC